CAGAUAAGUUGAAAAAAAUGUCAUCUCGUGUCGUUCUAUGUUGCAUAUUACUAACUGUACCUGUUAAUGUGUGUAGAUUAUGGAUUUUAUAUUAUGCAGCAAAACAAACCGUUCCAUUUGUUAUUUUAGUGUAUCUACAAAACUUCAGCAUGUAUUGUAUAGAAACUCAUUUUACCGUAUUGUGUUAUAUUCUUUAUCAAAAGAUAGUUGGGAUCAACAAUGAUUUAAUGGCACUUAAGAUUGAUACGAUUGUGCGUAACAAAUAUCCGUUCGUAUCACAGACUGGAGAGAGAUAUGGAAAAAACGAUAGCACUAUUGAAUACAAUAGAGACGUUUUUCAGUCUCUGAUAACCGGCUAUCCAAUGACUGAUUUUUUGGAAAACCUAAAAGCAAAACAUAAAUUAGUUUGUCAAGCUGUAAAAAAUUUAAAUAACAUGUUUGGAAUUCAUUUGGGGUUGUCAUCGUGUGCAUUGUGUUUAUACACAUUAUUCGACUUAUAUUAUCACAUGCAAGCAAUAUGGAAACAUUCAAAGUAUAAGAUACUAGUUUACUGCUGGAUUAUACAAUACUUCGUUAGAUUUUUACUUAUUACUGUUCUAGCACAUUUAACAACGAAACAGGCACUCAAAUCGAAAAUACUUAUAACGGAUAUAAACAAUCGUUAUUUAGAUAAUAAUACUAAAGAAGAGUUACAACUUUUCCUCAACCAAAUUUCCAGUUGUUCGAUUGAAUUUACUGCUUGUGAUUUCUUCACAUUAAACACUCAUCUAAUCACAUCUGCAAUUGCAGCUGGUACGACAUAUCUUGUUAUUUUAUUACAAUUCAAUUCAUAGAACGAUGUUAGGUACUGAAAACAAUAUAUAUUUACG